AUGCCAGUGACCAUCCAUGAUGCCAGGGCUCGCAGCUUCUCCAGCAGCGUCACCACUACCACCGCUGACUACUGCAACAUGCAGUCACCCGCCCACAGCGAGCUCAACGCCGGCGCCGGCGCCGGCGCCGCCGCGCCCGUGCGCCUGCUGACGCCGUCGUGCGACUCCGCCGCCACGCGCCGCGCGCUGGACACGCUGGGUGAGGGCUUCCGGGAGGACCCCCUGCUGCCCAUGCUGGGCGUGGCGCCCUGGCGCGAGAGCCGGUUCUUCCGGCUGUUCUCGAUUUUCCUGGACAAGUGGUCGCAGCAGCGGGUACUGUACGUCGCCGGCGGCGGCGACGCGAUGGCCAUCGUCGCGGACUCAAAGCUCUAUAAGUCCACAGAGCUGGGGCCGCUGGACUUGCUGCGCAGCGGCGCAGCCCUAGAGCUGCUGCUACUGCCGCCGUCCGUGUGGCCAAGUAUCGGCGGCUGGAUGGACCAGUUGAACGGGUCUGACCAAGUGUUGGAGCGCCACGGCGUGGACGACUUCAUCAAAAUAGUCGCCAUCGCCACCCACCCCGACGCGCGCGGCCGCGGCCUCGCGUCCGCGAUCCUCAACGAGAUCACGGCCCGCGCAGACGCGGAGGGCCGCGCGGUGUUCCUGGAGGCGUCACCAAACGGGGUGGAGGCGUUUUACAGGGACAGGCAUGGAUUUGAGACGCUUGAGGAGAUGAGGUUCGAUUUUGGAGAGCGAGGCCGCCUGGACGUGCCGCUCAUGGUGCGGCGGCCGCGGCCGCGGGCGGAGGCGCGCGCGGCGGCGGCGGAAGGGGGGCGGGCGGCGGCCCAGCCGGCGGCGUGA